GUUUUGACCAGUUGUGCAGAACACACCAAGGUAUAAUCAGGCACCACGCGUGUGGCUCAGGAUUGGAAGCGAACGACUGUAWAACUAAACACCGCUGUCUUGUACGUUCAUUCGUACGUUACUUCCUGUGAAGUGCGGAGUCUCUGUGCUUAGUAAGUCGGAUGUUUGUGGUAAGAUCUAAGGAGUCCUAACUGUCUACUAACCAGUCGAAAAUUGACUGCUGAUGUAACUUCCAAAGUGGCACUCGUUUCUUUAGACGAAUUCUACCGAUAUUGUACUUCUUUUGAAAAACUACAAAGGAAUGUCAAUAAUUGUUGUCUACUUGCUGAAACUGCUGAGCUAGGUGAUUUCUAUUUUGAAUGAAGAGCGGUUGUUUUAGACGAGUGGAAUUGAUGGUUUCAACCCAGGAGGGUUCGAUAACGCUUAUGCUAACAAUAUCUAGCUCUACCUAAAGUACUUUGAAUUGACUUCCAAGAUGCGACGUAACCGCUUUGUUUUGACGUUUCUCAURCUUUUGAGUGGACUCUCAAAAGUUAGCGAAAGUAAGCUCAUAAAGAUGCCGAGACAAAGAUCAAGCAAUCAAGCGGACGCUCGCAAACCUAUUUCUGUAAUYAAAGAUGUUGUACCUACAUAUACUCUUGAAUAUCGAUCACAAAACCCAAAAGAAGUKAAAUUUACCAGUGGAGGAAUUUAUCAAGCUUCUAUCGAAGAAAUAACUCCGUUGGAAACUAGAAUAAAAUGUGAUUUAAAAAUGGGAGUUUACUCACAGAACGUCAAAGUUGAUUUUAUCAUCACUCGUGGAAACGAACAAGGUGCCUUCAGAGUCAAAACUCGCCGGGUUACAGACUUUUACUUCAUGGAUAUAAUCAAUGUUAAACGGUUAAACAGAGAAAGUAAUCCAGUUUAUGAACUAACUGUGGUAGCUCAGGAUUCUGCUUCGAAGAGAACACUAGACACCACAAAAGUAAACAUUAGUGUGGCGGAUUCUAACGACAACCGGCCAAUAUUUUUGGAAAAGAACUACAUUGUUUCUCUUUCCGAGGACACGGCCAUGCAUACAUCGAUUGCUAGAGUGCAGGCUGUUGAUGCUGAUUCUGGUCCAAAUGGAUUGGUUUAUUUUUCAUUCAGAGAAAAAACUACACAUUUUGCUAUAAAUCCCACUUCAGGAGUUGUUACUGUUACUCGAAAGCUUGAUAGCACAAGGAGCAAAGUGCACCGACUUACAAUUGUAGCUCGUGAUAGAGCUUUAGUCAAGCCGAAAAGUACGAAAAGCGGAAAGCUAAUCAUAAAAGUAAUUCCUGUGAACCAGUUUUCACCUGUGAUAUCUAUCRAACAACAGCUGUCCGGUAUUGAUGAAGGAAUUUCUGGGGUUGUUUAUGCAACGUUGUCAGUGACUGAUAAUGAUAAAGGAGUCAAUGGUCAUAUCGAUCGAGUGCAGAUUACAUCAGGAAAUAAUGAUGGGGUAUUUGGGAUUAAAUCUCCAACGAGAGAUAGCAAUAAUUUCACCACUGACUUGAUGAUUGUAAAGCCAUUGGAUAGAGAGAGUGCUCCUUAUGGCUACAACAUCACCAUCACUGCUUUUGAUGCUGGGUCACCAAGAAAAAAUAGCUCCAUCUCACUGAGGGUCUUUGCUAAGGAUGUCAAUGACAAUAACCCUGAAUUUGUCCAGCAAAGUUAUACUGCCAAGAUAUCUGAGUUAGCUCCACCUUUUACAACUGUUGUAUAUGUUUCAGCAACAGACAAAGAURCUGGAAAUAAUGGAGAAAUUUUGUACUACAUUACAAAAGGCAAUGAUGGAGGAAAAUUCAAGGUCAAUUCUGUUACAGGCCAGGUGUACACAACUGGAUAUUUAGACUUUGAAAGUAAGCAAAGUUUUGAUCUUCAAAUUGCAGCUUUGGAUGGAGGGUCUACUCCAUCUCGACGGUUAUCGCAUGUCCAAGUUUUUAUUCAAGUUGUCGAUGCCAAUGAUCAUGAUCCAGUCUUCAAAGAAUCAUCGUACAAGAAGGAUCUGUAUGAGGACUUGACUGCUGGCACUAGUGUCCUAUCUGUUAGUGCUAAGGAUAAAGAUUUCAGCAGCAAUGGAGAAAUUCAGUACAGCAUUGCAAAUAUAGAACCUGUGCCAUUUUCUAUUGGAGCUAAAACUGGUAUCAUAACAGCUACCACUAAUCUAGACAGGGACAAAGGACUUCAAGAAGUUAUUCAUCUCAAAGUGAGAGCCUCAGACUUUGGCUCUCCCAUGCGAAGGGAGACUGAGACAAUCAUAAAGUUUAAAAUCCAUGCGAUGAAUGACAAUCCUCCAAUUCUGAAACAGCACAAUUGCAAUGUUAAGCUAGAUCGUGAUGCUCCUCCUGGAGUGCUGAUUGCAACAUUACAAGCUGUAGAUGUUGAUGUUAGUAAACAAAAGCAAAGUCUUGCCUACAGGUUUACAUUUGGCAACACAGGAAACACCUUCAGKCUUGACAGUAAAACUGGUGAGUUGAGGACUAGUAAAACUCUUUACAGUGCACAGACAGAGUACAAUCUCUACAUCAAAGCCUUUGAUGGUGUACAGGACUCCCCCGAUAGCCAUCCAGCUAUUUUUAAAGUUCGAAUUGUGAGUGGUCGAGAGGCAAGAAAGCUUCAAAAUCAUGUCCACACUAGUUGCAGUGCAGUUUCUUCACAUUAUACCAAUGCUCUGAAACAAAUAGAAGAACAGAAAAAAUUUAGACCGAUUCCUCCUGUGACUAGAUAUCGGGUUAAGCUUCRCAACAGACAUGCUCCUGUGUUCCGCUCCCAUAAUCAAAGAGUAUAUAUAAAAGAGAAUGCAGCAAAUGGCACAGUACUUGCAAACCUGGUAGCCACAGAUCAAGAUAAAGGAUAUAAUGGACUUGUGCUGUAUUCAAUUGUUAAUGGUGAUAUUGACAGCGUUUUUGGCAUUAACAUGUACACUGGAGAAAUAUUUACUAGAAUGGGCCUGGAUAGAGAAAAUAGAGACUCAUAUACAUUGAAUAUCUCAGCCUCUGACUGCGGCAAAAGACACAAAACAGCAUACACCACUCUGAAAGUUAACAUCCUAGAUGUUAAUGACAACAACCCAGUAUUUAUCAAGCCUGAAUAUGAUGUCAGACUACCAGAGAAUGUUACUGUUGGACAGUCUGUCAUCCAUGUCAGUGCUGUUGACCAAGAUGAGGGUUCCAAUGGGAGGGUAACUUAUCAUCUAGUAAGUGAUUUUGAUGGUAAGUUUAGAAUUGACCAGUCAACAGGUUUGAUUACUGUUGCUGCUCCUCUUGAUUAUGAAGAGAGAUCAAGUUAUUCCAUUGAAGUGCAGGCCCUUGAUGAUUCCAGUGAUGACCAGAAAGAAGGCCGCGCGGUUGUGCACUUGACUGUUCUUGAUGUCAACGACAAUGCCCCAAUAGCCAAGCCAAACCAAUUCAAUGUGUCUAUACCAGAAGAUCUUCUGGUUGAUGCAGUAGUUACAAGUAUUUUAGCCGUGGACCGGGAUUCAGGGAAAGGUGGRGAAAUCAUGUAUUCGUUUGAAAAACGAACUAGGAAGUUCAAGAUCGACGCAGAGAGCGGAGUAAUAAGACUGCGACGAAGAUUGAACUUUGAGGUGCAGUCGGUUUACAAUCUCACAAUUACUGUCUCGGAUAUGGGAUCCCCAGGGUUGUCUUCCAAGGUUUAUGUUAUUGUUAAUGUACUUGAUGUAAACGAAAACUACUUGAAACCUGUGUUUACAGGCGGGAAAGUCCUUAAAGCUGCUGUUUACGAGAACUUGGAAGCAGGAACAGUAGUUUUACAUGCCACGGCAACGGACAAGGACUCUUGGUACGUGAAGUACGCUAUCAUUGAUGGUACAGGGGUGGAUAAGUUUGUUAUUGACCCCGAUACGGGUGCGGUUAGAACCACGCAGAGACUUGACCACGAAGAAGCGGAUCACUACUGGCUGACUAUACAAGCAAAAGAUGGCGAAAUUCGUCCCUUGUUUACCAAUAUUCCAGUGCUCAUAGAAGUACUGGACGUCAAUGACGAAGCACCGUACUUCAAGCCGUUGAUGUACUAUCCAUCGGUACCGGAGAACCAACCUGCAGGAACAAGUAUCCUGAAGCUAACGACCAUCGACCCUGACUCGGAUGGCUCAAAGCUGAUUUACACCAUAGUCAAAGGCAACGAAGAUAACAUCUUUACCAUUGAUCGAAAGACUGGGUUUAUCACAACCGUAAAAGAACUCGACAGAGAGUCUGUCAAUGAACAUAUGCUCAGUGUAAUGGCAACGGAUGGUGGCAUUCCCCCUAAAAGCGCCACUGUCAGCUUUACGGUGAAAGUCACAGACGAGAAUGACCAGUCCCCAGUAUUCACAGAGUCUCAGUACGUAGCCACUACGAUACCCAGAAGCUCUAAAGACUCACCCUCGGAGGUGUUCCGGGUUCUUGCUACAGACAAGGAUGAAGGGUCAAAUGCAAAUCUGGAUUACUCUAUAGUCGAUGGCAACAAGCUCAAGAAGUUUUCGAUAAACGCCAAUACGGGGAUAAUGUACUGUGACACUGAAUUGACCGAUGGUGAAUCGUAUGAUUUGACAGUCAAUGCUGCUGAUAAUGGGAAACCAAAGAGAUCAUCUAAUGUUACUGUCAUUAUUGAUGUUGUCGAAAGUAAUCCUCCAAGUCCAAGCACCCCUGCUUUCUGGGAGAAUCGCUUCACAGGGGAUAUAGCUGAAGACAAAGAAGUUGGUAGCUUUGUGGCGGCAUUAGGAGCAGAAGAUCUUGACAACGACCUAAUAAGUUUCUCCAUUGAGUCAGGCAAUAUUGGCAACAAAUUCACUAUUGAAAGACUGGGAGGYUUUGUUACAGUUGCUCAAAAACUGGAUCGUGAAGAGAGGAGUUCUUAUACUUUGGUUGUAAAGGCUUCGGAUAAUCACAACUCGGCAACAACACAGCUUGUUAUCAAUGUUUUGGAUGUGAAUGACAAUGCGCCUCAACCAGAGCGACGCGAGUACAGGGCAGACGUGUCUGAGGAUGCUCCUGUAGGGAAACUUGUUACCACUGUAAAAGCAAACGACCCCGAUGCAGGUGUGAACGGCGAGGUAGAGUACUCAAUCGUAGGCUCCUCAAAACCCAAAUCAGCAUCCCUUUUCAAACUCGACAGCGCUUCAGGCAAGAUUCUAACUACUGCAGUCUUAGACUACGAGGACAUCAGAGAACACGUGUUAAUGAUCAAGGCGUCCGAUCGAGGAAGCCCCAAGAAGGCCACUUUAUUCUCUCUAGUAAUCUCAGUCUUAGACGUGAACGACCAUAAACCACUCUUCGUCCAACCACUGUAUGACUCAGAAAUUCAUAUCACUUCUAAGAUUGGAACUCCAGUACUCAAGGUUAUGGCCUCGGAUAUGGACGAUGGCACCAAUGCCAAACUUAAAUAUACCAUUGUUGAAGGAAACGCUAAUGGUUCUCUGUCAGUGGAUCAGAAUUCUGGUGUUGUGAGUGUCAGUAACAAACUGAAUCCAAGUAUCAAGGAAUACACGUUGAAAGUCCAGGCAGCUGAUGGCGGGAAACCUUCACUUGCCAGUCAGACUACAGUCAAGGUGAAGGUCCGUGGUGUGCUUGAGAGCUUUUCAUUCGAUAGACCAACAUACCGAGCAAGCAUAGCAGAGAACACCCCAUACGGACAGGCUUUGGUCAGGGUACUGUACAAUGGAAUCAUGCCAGUAUAUGAAAUAGUCCCUUCUUCAAGCCCUUGUUGGAAUUACUUCCUUAUACAACGUCAGUCUGGCGUGGUUAUCAACAAGGUUGCAUUUGACGCAGAGGCCAUCAGCCAUUGCAAAUUUCAAGUWCGYGCCUCCAGUAUYGACGGUCAGCAGUCAACAGCAAUGGUGGAUGUCCAGAUCUUGGAUCAGAAUGACAAUCCUCCUACCUUUGCGCAUGACAAGUUUAUUGGUCACGUGGUAGAAGGUUUCCCGGCAGGCUCUCCUGUACUKGACGCYAAGGGUAMACCACUUGUCACYAAUGCAACAGAUAUCGAUGUCAGUGAAAGUGGUAAACUCACGUAUGAGAUCGUUGAACUAAGUGCAAGAAGUGCGUUAUCUAUUCAUCCGGCUACAGGCGCCAUUACUACCAACAAGGUACUGGACUACGAAACUACAGCCUCAUACAAGUUCAAGGUCAAGGUUACCGAUUCAGGUAGCCCAAGACUCUCUACAUUCACGGAUAUUGAAGUCAAAGUCAUCGAUGUCAAUGAUGUUGCACCAGUAUUCUCCACCCCAAUGUAUCAUGCCACCAUCUUUCUCCCAACCUUCCUUGACACAAUGGUUGUUAAAGUAAAAGCCAAAGAUGACGACAGUGCAGCGCUGACGAACCUUACGUUUUCAUUGGCAAAAGAUGACGUAAUGGRAGAAAUGUUCCAAGUCGGUGUCUUCAGUGGAGAUGUUACUGUAAGAGACCCUUCAAAGAUGRGACAAGGGAAAUACUUGUUGAAUGYCGUUGCUAGCGAUGGGAACUUGACAAGUCGUGCCCAAGUAGACAUCACUUGCAGAGRUCUUCCUGUCAACGCAUUACAGUUUAGAGAACCCAACUACACAGCGUCUGUCUUGGAAGGUGUGAGCAGCGCUAAAGAACUACUCAUUCCACAAGCCAUUGGUUAUCCCAUUGGGGAGUCCAUUACCUUUUCCAUCGUCAAUCCUUCGGAUCUCUUCAAAGUCAACCCGAGCACCGGCGUCGUUAGCAUUCUGGCAGACAAGAGUCUUGACCGAGAGACCAUCGACUCGUACAAGGUGGUGAUCCAAGCACGUGACACCAAUAUGCCUCCACAGAUUGCGCAAACCAUUUUGAAUGUGAUGGUGGAUGAUGUGAAUGACAACAAGCCUGAGUUCAUGGGUGUACCUUAUUAUAUUGUACURCAGCUGGGGGUACGAAAAAACAGCAUCGUUGGCAAGGCAACAGCACGAGAUGCAGACAUCGGAAGUAAUGGAGAAAUAAGAUAUGUUCUAAAGGGUGGAGAUGGCGGUUACUUCAAGAUUGAUCACAACACCGGUGACGUCAUCGUCAGUAAAUCCCUAGAUGACGUCAUUGUUCCCAAGCUCUUCACUCUGGUCGUCGAAGCAAGUGAUAAAGGUCGGACUCCUUUUAGUACCGAGGCUGAGGUGAAAAUCAAGGURGUUGACAGAGAGACUCCUGUGUUUGAUCAGCUUUCGUUCAGUAAGACGAUUCCAGAAGAUUCUGCUGUUGGUACUGUAAUCACUCGUGUGACUGCAAGAAGUCCUAAUGGUGUGGAGGUCCUGUACAGUAUUACCCAAGGGGAUCCUCUCAAUCAGUUCUCCAUUGAUUUUAAAAGUGGUAUUAUAACAGUUGCUGCUCCUCUGGAUUACGAAGCGAUGCCAUUGUACAAACUAACUGUCCGAGCCACCGAUGCCAAAACCUCAGCUCAUGCUGAAGUAGCAGUGGACGUGACGUUAACCGAUGUUAACGACAUUGCACCAGUCUUUAAUCGUUCUUUUUACCUUGCAAAAUCUGUCGAGAAUACUCCGGUUGGRACUCCUGUGUUAACGGUCGAGGCCUUUGAUGGCGAUUCAGGAAUGAAUAAGAAGAUCUUCUACAGCAUUCAAAAUAUAAGCAAGGAAAACCAGUAUUUCACGAUUAACGCGACCUCAGGUGUUCUCUCAGUCGCCAAGUUACUAGACUACGAACGUCACGUGGUUCACGAGAUGAUCAUUGUAGCAUCUGAURKCGGGGYUCCUGUGUUGACCGGAGAAACGCGCGUACGCAUUGUCCUGGAAGACGCCAAUGAUAACCCGCCAACRUUUGAAAAGACAAUGUAUGCUGCAUCAAUACUUGGUACUGCUGGACCAGGCCACUUCGUCAUGCGCGUCAUGGCAACCGAUCCUGACGACGAUGACGUCAGCAAGCUGAAAUAUUCUAUCGUAUCAGGCCAAGGCAAGCAACAUUUCAAUAUUGACCCCAAGAGUGGUGUUAUUACACUCUCGCGUAUCGUUGGCAUUCAGAGAGGCAAGGUAUAUGAUUUAGAGGUGUCUGUAAGUGAYGGUCAACACGAUGCCAAGACUGAAGUACGAGUGAUCAUCGGUGACACCAACAGUCAUAGUCCUGUCUUCAGCAAAGAUGUCUACAGGGUGGACUUCCACGAGAACUACCCUGAAGGAACCUUCGUUACCAUGGUAUCUGCCACUGAUUUGGAUUCUGGAAAUUUCGCGCGAAUUAGCUACUCCAUCGAUAGCGUUGAUGCCAUGCGCARGUUUAGGAUUGACGCUGACACUGGCAUGAUUUACAGCAGGCUCAUGUUCGAUCGGGAGAACGCCUCUCAAGCUGUCAUGGCUGUUCCUGUACGCGCAACGGACGGAGGAGGAAGAUUUGGCUUCUGCAUUGUUGAGGUGUAUCUUCUGGACGAAAACGACAAUCAGCCCAAGUUCGAGUUCAAGCAGUACGAAACAACUAUAUCCCUCUCUGUUGCCUUAGGAACACAAGUCUUGAUGACGUUGGCCAUCGAUGACGAUGCYGGAAGUAAUUCAGACUUGACGUACUUGAUCCUUGGUCACCAGACUCCUCCCGUCUUCUCUAUUGAGCGAAWCACURGUGUCAUAAAAGUAGCUCGUAAACCGGAAGUGAAAGCAUACAACUUUUUUGUKCUGGUCAGAGACAAYGGAAACCCACAGCUUCGAAAUCUUGUUCCAGUGAAAGUGACAGUCCUACCAACUGMUGUUAAGAUUCUCCAGUUUGAGCAGUCCAAGUAUGAUGUGAGGGUCCCAGAAAGUGAAUCAGUAGGAGARRUAGUCAAGUCCCUGCGUCUUAUCGUUCCUACUGGAACUAAUCCAGCAGUACAGUAUAGUAUUGUUCGUAGUAAUUCAGACUCAAGCUUUCAAGGGAAGACAUUCACUGUCGAUUCGUCUGGAAGGAUCCGAGUGGCUGGGAUACUGGACUAUGAGACUAGUAAGCGAUACGUCAUGGUGGUGGAGGCAAAUGCGUCAUCUGUUCACCAAGUAGCACGCACAGCAGUCGUUAUUAAUAUCGAUGAUGUGAAUGACAACAAACCAACCUUUGUAUCCAAUCCUUAUCGUGUCAGUAUCCCAGAAAACAUCGAUAUUGGUUCCAAGGUUCUGCGCGUGUUUGCGGAAGACCUGGACAGURGGAGUAAUGGUGAGGUGCUCUAUUCUCUAUCACCCGGUGACCCAGAGGUUAUGCAAAGCUUUGAAAUCAAUCCAAAUACUGGCUGGAUAACCACAAAAGGCGCUCUGGAUCGCGAARUAAGAAGUUCCUUUACAUUCAGAGUGCGUGCGAUUGAUCGCGGUUCAAAAAGYCAGUUAUCAAGCGAGACGGUCGUUSGAGCAACCAUCUUGGACGUCAAUGACUCUCCACCAAAGUUCAGUCAACAGGAGUUCAAAGCAUCAAUCAAAGAAGACGCCCUUAUCGGUCAGACCGUAGCAACGAUUACUGCAGUCGACAGUGACGAGAAGUCGGAUCUAUUUUAUUUUAUUCUGUCUGGGGACCCUCAGGCUAAGUUUGGAAUCGAGCGCAAGACUGGGGUGAUCUUUGUCCAUGGCGGUCUUGACYGUGAAUCGGUUUCGAGCUAUAAACUGAAUGUCAGCGCAUCAGACGGGCUGUACACCAGCUUCACACAAGUCAAGAUAGACAUUGARGAUGCUAAUGAUAAUGCUCCUAUAUGUACGCAGUCUAUUUACGUCGAGAGAAUGGCCGAAGAUUCUCCGAUUGGUAGCCGAGUACUGACUGUUUCUGCUAUAGAUGCUGAUAMCGGGGUGAAUGCGGAGCUGAAUUUCACUGUCUAUGGUCAAGGUGUGGGUGUCUUCACUGUUGACAGGAAUACAGGUCACAUGUCUAAUCUAGUGUCCCUAGACCGGGAGACAAGACCAUACUACAAUUUCAUGGUGUCAGCGGCCGAUAUUGGAGGACAAUCCUGCUUCACCAACGUCACCGUUCUUCUAGAUGACGUCAACGAUAACAAACCUGUUUUCACGCAGAGACGAUACCUCACUUCAGUCUACGAGGACGCACCCCUGAAAAAAGUGUUGCUUCAAGUCAAGGCUGAAGACGCAGACAUCGGCGUGAAUCGCAAGAUCUCGUACUCUUUGAUCACAGAUGCUCAAGGGACUUUUGAGAUUGAGGCAGGGACCGGAAUGAUAUCACUGAGCAAACCCCUCAAUAGAGAGCGCAAGGAAAACUACACCAUCGAAGYGAAGGCCCAAGAUGGCGGAGAUCCCUCUCUUUGGUCAAGAGCUGUCGUCGAGGUACAAGUCUUGAACAUCCAUGACGUACCUCCYGAAUUUACGAAGGACGUUUACCAUUGCAAUGUGAGCGAAAGCGCAAGUAAGGGCACACGUAUUGCAACUGUGCGAGCUAUCAGCCGGGAAUCAAGCAGAGAUGUGAUUACUUACAAGAUACUCAAGGGAUCAAAUUAUAAACUUUUUAAGAUCAACUCUAAGUCAGGUACCAUUAGGGUYGUUGGUAGAUUAGACUACGAGAAGACCAAGUCGUACACGCUCACAGUCAUGGCAAGCGAUACAGGACCUUCGGUUCUCACCAGCACGACUUUGGUCAAGAUCGAUAUCACAGACGCUAAUGACAACAGGCCAGUCUUCAGCGAGAAAAGCUACGCCGCCAAGGUGGAAGAGAACUCAAUCGUUGGUACUUUUGUGCUGCAAGUGUUCGCCACAGACCUUGAUACCGGUUCCAAUGGUGCUAUUCGGUACUCCAUUCAGAACGGCAACAGCGGAGGCAGGUUUGAAAUCAAUGGGGAUACUGGUGUUAUAACCGUGGCGGGUAUAAUCGACAGAGAGGAGACUUCUGAAUACCGACUUGUCAUCCGCGCGUUUGAUCGAGGAAGUUCGCCAUUAAUGUCAGAGACAGAAGCGAUGAUUACUGUAACUGAUGUAAACGAUAAUCCACCGUCCUUGACUCAAAAUAACCUUACAGUUUCUCUGCAAGAAARCAGCCCGCUGGAAAGUAAAGUUCUGCAUUUGCGGCCUCAUGACAAAGACGGCCCAGGAAAUGGCUCACCUUUUACCUUUACGCUCAUCUCUGGCGAUGCGUCGAAGUUUACUCUCAAACCCAAUGGCUUGAUUACAAAAACUGGCGCUGUUUCCCUUAGCGACGGUGCGUAUGUGUUACGCAUUCUUGUAGCAGAUAGUGGUCAUCCUCCGCAGAGUAGAGAAAUCACCGUGGUUGUUAAGGUAGUAAAAAGCGUUACCCACCCGCCUCAAGUCAAACCGCUGUCCAUUUAUGUCAAUCUCUAUGAAUCGAAUUUCAACGGUGGGGUCAUUGGAAGAGUCAAAGGCCUCGACCCUGAUGGUGAUAAAUUAGUAUUCUCCUUCGUUGAUCCUCCAAGACAAUCUUCACUGAGAAUAACGAAUGAAGGUACCGUGCGCGCAAAGGCGGGGCUAUCCAGUGGAAUCACGAAGCUGAACGUUAGUGUGACAGAUGGAAGGUUUACAGUGUACACCAGCGUGACCGUGAUCGUUUCUGAUAUAACGAACGAACUUCAGAGCAAUUCCGUCACGUUGCGGUUAUCCCAGAUGAGCGCAGGUACCUUUGUUGAUAAGAACUUCGAAAAAUGCAAGGAUUUUUUUGCCCGUUAUUYGUUGGUGGCGCCUUCGAAUAUCCACAUUUGGAGUAUGCAGUCUGCUUAUGACGAUCUUGAUGUUGUGAUCGCUGCUAGGAGAACAGAUAAGGGUCUUUUCGACCCAAGUUAUGUAAUUGGCAUGUUGAAUCGGUCACGAAACGCCUUCGAAUCCCAAGUUGGUGUACGUUUGUCCUCUACUGGUAUCAGUCAGUGCCAGCUACUGGACUGCCCCAAACGCUUCACCUGUAAAGAUGUAUACAAGCCAGAAAACAAACAAAUACGAGUCAUGUCUGAUGAAACCAGUUACAUCUCCUACGAGCAUUCUAGGAGUCACACGUGCACUUGUAAUGACAAGUCAGGUGGGUGUGCUACGGAUAUGAUCGGUAAAUGUGCCGCUAACCCCUGCGCCUCGGGGUACAAGUGUACUGACUUCUCAGAGGGUUACCAGUGCAAGUGCGUGGAUCCUACCAAGUGUGAUAUGGACACAACAGGGUGUGAGGAUGCCUCGUGUAUUAAAGGGUCAAAUUCACGAUCAUUCAGUGGAAAAAGCUUUAUUCGUUAUAAGUUGAAGGAGACGUUCAACCAACCUUCUCGAUCAGUUGGUCUCGCCAUCAAGACUGUCAAGAGCGAUGGAACAUUAGUGUUUGCCGCUGGCCAGUAUGACUACAGCAUCCUUGAGAUCGUCAAAGGUUUCGUUCAACUUCGGUUUGACUUUGGAAGCGGUGCAGCGGUUGUCAGUAUCGAUUGGUCCCCGGUGARUGACGGGAAGUGGCAUCACGUGGCUGUUGAACGACAAGGUAACCACGCCACCUUGAUUCUUGAUCGCGGUAAACAUCAAGCCUCUGGCCAGUCCCCUGGGAGAAUGCGCAUCCUGAAUCUCGAUGACAACUCGAUCUAUUUUGGAGGCAAGGUUAUCAAUGCACGAGUGAAACGUUCAUCAGGCCAAGGUCCUGUUGUUGAGAACGGAUUCAAAGGAUGUAUGCAAAACUUAAACCUGAAUGGAAAAGAUUUACCGAUGUCAGGUUCUGAUGCAUUCGCGUCUGGAUACCCAACCAACGCCCCUGCUGGAUGCAGUACAUCCGGGGCAUGCCGUAUCCCUAACACGUGCCCUAAAGCGAGUGCGUGCAUCGAGACAUUCAGUGGAAGGCGAUGCGAGUGCCUGCGGGGACACUCGGGCCCAGACUGCAAGCCGUUUAUCACCUGCUCAGGCAACCCAUGUCAAAAUGACGGUGUAUGUACUGACACGCCCCGUGGCUAUCGUUGCACUUGCCCUAAAGAUUACACUGGAUAUCAAUGCCAUGUGUUUAUUGGAGCAUGCGCAAAUGCACCUUGUAAGAAUGAUGGUUUGUGCUUGCCUUUGCCGUCUGGUGACUACAAGUGCGAAUGUCCAGUUGGAGUCAGCGGUGUUAACUGUGAGAUCGACCGAAGACCAUGCUCCAGUAACCCCUGUUAUUUUAACGGCAACUGCACCAAUCUUAGAAAAGACUUCCAUUGUUCCUGUCCACGUGGUUUGUCAGGAAAGCGCUGUGAACUGGGCUUCCACUGCAACCGCAUGCCAUGUCUAAAUGGCGGCUCAUGUGAUGUAAAGGGAGACCAAUCCAUCUGUAUUUGCACUAAAGGUUACACUGGAUUAGACUGCAGUCAGGAUGUUAACGAAUGCACCAGCAACCCUUGCAAGAACGAUGGGGUGUGUGUCAAUACUAUCGGUUCGUUCCAUUGUAACUGUUCUUCUAGUUCAUACGGAGGUCCUUACUGUAAUACAGUAUUAGCAGCCAUGACACCGGACGACAAGGAACUUCCUCUCAGUAUGGAGGCCAUUAUUGGUAUUGGAGUAGUAUUGGCUGUAUUAUUACUUAUUGUUUUAGUUAUCGUCCUUCUCCUUCGUCGUCGCGCGAAGAAGAAACGCGAACUGGAUCUCACCAAAGAAGGAGCGAAGCGAGACUCUGUUCUUAAAGUUUCGCCUCCUGUUGUGGGCUCAGAACUCGACUCACCAACACCACCCACCCCUCCCCCAAGGAUUCCUGAAUAUCCCGAGGGAGAACCACCUCGCUAUGAAUCAGAAGACACGUGGAGAAGAAACAACUCAACGCGGUCGUUCGACACCGCGAAGUCUUUGAACAACUCAGAGAGCAACGCAGAGAGAUAUCAUUGGGACUACACUGAUAUUCCUACUGAUUUGGUGCGUCCACGGGCAGGGCUUGUUAGAGAGCGCUCUGCCAGCUAUAUGGGUGUCCCAGAUGAUUCUCAAUACCCCGACGCCCCUGAUGUCCCAGAAAGGUCCGCAAGUAGAAUGUCUUCUCACAGCUCGGGUCUUGAUGUCCCUGAGGUACCACAACGACCCCGCAACUACAGACCCUCGGAAUCUGACGAUCAACACCUCGAGAUUCCUCCCAUGCCGAACAGUCGACGAAGAGCCCCCGAAUCGUCCCAAAUGUCAGGCAAAGCGUCGUCGCGGUAUUCAAUGGGUUCUGAGUACUCGGACAUGACAGAUGCCGACUACUGCAGAUCUGUUGGUGGUGAUAGCAACUAUCCUGAUUUAUUCAGGGGCCGCUUCCCCGGUCCACCCAAAGAACCAUACCCGGAGAGUGUCGACACGCUUCCGGUCGGGGUCGGACCCUACGCCCUCACUAUGAUCAGAGACUCAGAACUUGGAAGCAUGACUGAUUUCUCUGAGGACGACUUGGAACGAGUUUACCUGGGAAACAGUCGUAUGGAAGCCUGUGGAGAUUCACCUGAGAACACUUAUUUACACUCCGAGAACGCUUCUGAAGACGACAGARACAGUGAACGUCGGCUUGAACUAGAGGAUCCUGACUUUCAUCAAACAUUACAGAAAGAAAUCAAAGAAAUGAUGAGCCAGUUAGAAGAAUUGAAGCAUGAAUCAGAAUUAUAACAUAUAUAGAUCAAUUCUAGAAAGAUAGUUAUUUGUUUACAGUUAAAUGACAAAGGUAUAUUUUCGAGGAAUACCAAGUACUCUCUAGAUUCAUUUCGACAAGCAACGAGGCGAUACUUCUGUGGGAUAAACACAAAAAAUAUUAACCUAUAAAAAGUUCCUUUUUUAUUUUAUAUACUAUUUUACUCGUGUAGAAUUUUUACCAUUUUUUUACCAUUUUUUUAUCUUUUACUUUUGCUAUCAAAACAAACAAGACGACUUGCUUGUUCGGGUUAUGUUUGUUGUACAUAAUUUUGAAACAAAACRACAACAAAAAACAAAAAAACRGUGUCUUUUGAAGAGUCUUCAGAAUGAUAUUUUUAUACUUUUGAUAGUGUUUUGGUAUAAAAUACUGCUAUCUUUUACAUGUUUUUGCAACUUUACGCAAAUGAGAUUCUCGUACUUUUGAAAUAUUUUCCAAAUUUCAAACCUAUUUUUGCUUUAAAAAAACCAUACCAAGAAAUAAACCGCUAAAAGAAUCGCUAUUCUAGUAUUCAUCUCCAAAGUUUGUAGCAAGUUUGAAGAUGUUUUGCAGUUGACAAAUUUAUUUAAACGAGGUCAAAAUUAACCUCCAAAACAAAUUAUUUCAUUAAUCAUUUUAUAAAGUUCAUGACGGAUAAUUUAUUUAUCGCCUAUUAGUUUAGUACUGUUUAUAUCAUCAAAGUUGUAUAUUUAGGUAAUUUAUUUUGUGAUGUUUCAUAAUAAAUAAUAAGGUCGUUUU